GGGAAGAAUGAGCAGCCUCAAAACACCUGCUCACUACUGAGGGCAUUUAAGGCUGCCUCUGGGACCAAAUGCAGCAGUUCUCUGGAUGGGACUGGUCAGGCUCACAAACCCAUAGGUGAUCUUUAGUCAACAUGCCUACCUUAGAAGCUCCUGAAGAAAGGCUGAAAAAGUUUAAGUACUGCGGCAGAGAUAUGUCUGCAAGGCGACAGCAGAGGAUUGCCACCAACUUGCAACUCCGAAAGGCCAAGAAAGAUGAGCAGGUCUUAAAAAGAAGAAAUAUCAGCCAGUUCUCCAACUGUUCAACAGUCAAAGAGCAGGCCAACCUCACUCUGGAAGACAUAAUCAAAGGUGUGAAUAGCUCAGAUCCAAUGCUGUGUCUCAUGGCCACCCAGGCUGCCAGGAAAAUGCUGUCGCAGGAGAAGAACCCUCCUCUAAAACUGGUUAUUGAGGCAGGGCUCAUCCCCAAGCUGGUAGAGUUCCUGAAGGCGGCACCUCUCCCCGUUCUGCAGUUCGAGGCGGCGUGGGCUCUCACCAACAUUGCCUCAGGAACUUCAGAGCAGACCCGAGCUGUUGUGGAAGGGGGUGCCAUUCAUCCCUUGAUUGAACUCUUGUCUUCCUCCCACCUGGCCGUGUGUGAGCAGGCAGUGUGGGCACUUGGUAAUAUAGCCGGUGACGGCCCAAAAUUCAGAGACAAUAUCAUCUCCAACAAUGCCAUCCCAAAACUGCUCCAUCUUAUCUCAACAAACAUACCAAUCACAUUUCUUCGGAACAUUGCGUGGACUUUGUCCAACCUGUGCCGAAACAAGAAUCCCUACCCUUGCGAGCAGGCCGUGCUGCAGAUGCUGCCUGCCCUCUCUCGGCUCCUUCAGCAUCAUGACAACGAAAUCCUCUCAGACACCUGUUGGGCCCUGUCCUACCUCACAGAGGGCCACAAUGAGCGCAUCCAUCAUGUGGUGUCCACGGGUGUCCUGCCCAGGCUCGUAGAGCUCAUGACCAGCUCAGAACUCAUUGUCUUGACACCUUCUCUCCGCACAUUGGGUAACAUUGUCACAGGAACAGAUCUGCAGACCCAGAUGGCCAUUGAUGCUGGCAUGCUGAAGGUACUGGGUCAGCUCCUGAGACACCCAAAGUCCUCCAUCCAGAAGGAAGCUGCCUGGGCUGUGAGCAACGUGGCUGCUGGGCCCAGACACCACAUCCAGCAACUGAUCACGUGUAACCUGCUGCCCCCAUUGGUAGCCCUACUAAAAAACGCAGAAUUCAGGGUCCAGAAGGAAGCUGUGUGGGCCGUGGCAAACUUCGCAACAGGGGCCUCUCAGAGCCAGUUGAGCAUGCUUGUGCACUCAGGAGUCCUGGAGCCGCUGCUAAAUCUGCUCACUGCUCCAGACAUGAAGAUCAUCACCAUCGUCCUUGACAUCGUUUCUUACUUUCUCCAGGAGGCAGACAAGCUGCAUGAGAAGGAAAACCUGUGUCUUCUGAUAGAGGAAUUUGGCGGUAUUGGAAAAAUCGAGUCCUUACAGCUCCACCAGAAUUGUCAUAUUAGCCAGAGUGCCCUGAACAUUAUUGAGAAACACUUUGGUGAGGAAGAAGAUGUCCUCGUGAAGGAAGAAGAUGUCGUCAGUUUUCGCUACCGGGGGCCGAGAGUGUGAAUACACAAAGCACUUAGAAGACAGACCUCUCACAGCUGCCCAAUGACCAAGCCACACAGGGCUCACGCCUUUGAGAGGUGCCCCCUCCUCGAACUCGGUUCGUCACACACAAAGCUUUUAAAUCUUAA